GUUCUCCGCAAAGGAUCUGGUACACUUUGCGAAGCACUUCUCAUGGUGGAGGCAUUUCACAAUAAUAUUAUAUUCCCAAAUAAAUUCACCGGAGACGGUGAGACAAAGAUGACAAAGGAUGGACAUCGAGUCGAGUCCGAAACUUACGUUGGAGGACACGUGGAAGCCUUAGAAGCAGGAGUAUUUCGCGCGGAUAUUCCUUGCAAGUUUCGACUUACACCCGCUGCUUUAAAAAGCCUUAGGGACUCAGUUCCUGAGACCAUUGAAAAGGAGCUGAUUCGAGAAUUUGGCAUUCCUUUGGAAAAUGUUGUAGAUUUUGACGAGCGGUGCGCCGAGGUACAAGAGACAUUUGAUCAUCUAUUGGCCAUUCCUGCCAGAAUGGAAAAUCCACGAAUCUACCAUCUGGAUGUUGGCGCAAUGUACCCUAACAUCAUCCUCACUAACCGCCUCCAGCCCUGCGCAAUGGUGAACGAGGAAAUUUGCAUGGCGUGCACCUACAAUCGACCAGAUGCUAAAUGCAAACGAACCAUGAAUUGGGAAUGGAGAGGAGAAUUGAGUGAGUAG